AUGGCCGCAAUCCCUAUCCAGGCGUCGUCUCGCGGCUACGGGGGAAGAGACACAACCACCAGCCCUCUUCCCCCCAUAUCAAUAGGCCGCGGCGAAGAAAUAUCUAGAGGCUUUGGGCCGUCAAGCCGUGCCAUCCCCUUCCCCGACAACCUCUCACCCUCGGCCGCCUCGAAUCCCAUGGCGAUACGUGGCAUGAAUUAUAACGACGUGCCUCCGCCGUUGCCUCCACCUCGGCUGGUACCCAUUAACGGCCCUGUCGAUCCGAAUCUGCAGUUCAAGGAGAGCAUGCGCCGGGACGAUUAUGGGAGCCCAGACACCGACUCGUUUGGCCAUAGCUUCAAGCAACGCGACCUACCUUUCAGGGGUGACUUUUCCGAUGACGGGUACCACAGCCUUGAGAGCUUGAGGUCUUCGGGCUUCCCUUCGCCCUUUGGCAAACGCACAAUGAAUAACUACCGCCCCAAUGGCGACUCGAUCGACCACUCGAUGCUCGACAGGCUGAACCGGCCCGCGCGACGCUCAGGCCUCAGCGCCUCGGUCAACGACGUCCCCGGCCCCCGUCCCCAUCACUCGCACCUGACGACGCUCUCUCUCCCGCACCGAACCCGCCAGCCAUUCCUCGGCUCGGACGUCACCAGGUCACCGGGUACCAUGUCGGCUAAGCCCCCGAUCCCCGCGCCUUUGGGCCGACAUGGGCGGGGCUCGUUCGAUCGCCGUUCGCCCUUGGAGACCGACGUUAGUGACUAUGAUUGCUCCCCGCUUGCACGCGCUCACCACAGGAUCUUGGGGGCGCCGCUGCCGGAAGACGGCGUACCGUCGGGAUAUGGCGGUUUUGAGGCCCGCGAAGACGACACGGAUUUUCCGAUGGAGGAGACCUCGCGCAUGCGCAGCCUGGCCAUUGAAGAUCAGUGGAGGGAUAGGGACUGGGACAGGGAGCGGGAGCGGGACCGGGACAGAGACAGAGAGAGGGAGCGAGAUUGCUACCAGCCCGGGCAGAAACGCCGGGCCUCGUCACCGCCAAGUGAUGACGCUGCUCUCGCGAAUGACUUGUUGCGGAGGAGGGAUGGUGGCUUGAUGUCAAGGGGCUCGCCAACGCCCAGACUUCUUGUGAUUCCCCAGAACUCGGUGUCGAGCAUAUCGUCGGUGAGCCGAAGCGGGAGCUUUGCAAGCAACCUCACGGCGAGUAGUAUCACGAGCUUGGGCUCGUUUGGGCGCCGCUCGCCGAAUGGUCUCUCCCCGGGCGGUCUUUCACCGACGGAUCCCAUGAGCUGCAGCAGCCCCUACCCGCCGCCCAGUCUAUCCGCCUCUCCGCGGCCCUCGAAUGGCCGGUCCGCGGGCGCACCGUUACCACACAACCGGACACCCAGCGAGCAGCAGUCGAUGCCGGCGCAGGUUACGCGCACGAUGGCGUCGCCGCGCAAGCUAGCCGAGAUUCCCAAGAGCCACAGCAGCCUGGCCACCAAGCUCAAGGGGCCUUACAUGUGCGAGUGUUGUCCGAAGAAGCCCAAGAAGUUCGAGACGGAGGAAGAACUGAGAGCCCACGAGGCCGAGAAGCAGUACGAGUGCUCGUUCUGCGGCAACCGCUUCAAGAACAAGAACGAGGCCGAGAGACACCAGAACUCGCUCCACGUCCGGCGGCACAGCUGGUCAUGUUCGGCCUUGACGGGCUAUGAGCGGGCCUUCCACGACAGCUCCGCGAGGCCCGGCGAGGCUGACGUCUGCGGAUACUGCGGCGAAGAGUACCCAAGGACCGGGCCAAGCCAGGGCGGGACGGCAGCCACCGUGAGCGACCAGGAUUUGGAGGACCGCAUCCGGCAUCUCCAGGACGUGCACAAGUUCCGCGAGUGCAACUCGAGCAAGAAGUUCUACCGCGCCGACCACUUCCGUCAGCAUCUCAAGCACAGUCACGCCGGAACCAGCGGCAAAUGGACCAAUAUGCUCGAGAACGCCUGCAUGUUGGAGGAGGACCCCCCCAUCCCGACGCGAUGA